AUGUGGUUAUCGAAGGAGGAGGAAAGGAAAAUGGAACUGAAAUCGGUAGAAUGUCGGACGCUGGAAAAACGUGAUCCAGUGUUGAUUGAUGCGAUUUGUCUGGAAACUAAGGAGCGAGGCGCUUACCGUAUAAACGAGAGCGAUGCGUUGAAUUCUGUGAAAGCUGUGUCAUUGUUUCCCGCUAGAGUGGUCCCUCGAACAACACUGAAGAUUUUCGCGUCUAAAUCAAGACCAGAUGAUGAAGCACCUCCAUGUACUCGGCCAGCAGUUAUUAAUGAUCAGCCUUCCCAGAAACCUGGCCAACCGCUGGUUCGACCACGUAAGCCUGUGAUCGACGAGGCACGUUUUCUUGAGGAUAUCCGCAAAAUGAGGCCCAAGGAUAUACGAGAACCUCAGACGUACCACUCGCAUAAGUUGGCGCUUGAGGCGAAAGAUCUACGGCCACGUUUGGGAGCUGCAGCUAUUGCUGAGGCGACAGCUGCUAUGGAACGGCCAGCGAGGCACUUCGUUGGACGGCCACAGCCGCUGAUCACCGAGGACCGAGGUUGUGUUCAACCUGAAGCUCACAACCUACAACAGAUACCGGAACUAUCUGGGUAUUGUGGGUCCCAUGCCAAAUAUUAA